AUGCCCUCCGCAAACAAAGGCAAAGGCAAAGGCCGCGAAGCUCGCCCCUCCCGAAGUCGCAACACUACCCCAAACUCCAGCUUCAGCGCCGGCCCGACCGCCUCCGCCCCGCUCCACAGCUACCUCGACAAUGAUGUCUCCAAGUUGAUGAUGACCGGCUCGACCAUCCAGUAUGGAGAACUACUUGAGCGCAUGGGCGGAGUUGGCCCGAUCCCCGAUUCCAAGUCACUCGAGUUGUUGAUGGAACACCUCAAGACUUUGAGCCAGCUAGCCGAAACGCGAGGCGACGCAUGCAAUGCCGGCAUCAGAGAGCUAUCACAGAAGCGUAAGGAGGUCGUCGAAGAGCAGGAGUCAGCUGAGCGGGAAGGGGCUGAUCGAGUGAAGAUGAAGCGAGAAGCCGAUGACGAGGAGGAAGAGAAGGUACUGAAGGGAGGCAAGCUGAAGAGGCGCAAGGAACGCGGGAGCAGUUCCAAGGAGGAACGCCCGCUGACUCACGGUGCCCAUGAUGUUGCGCGACAGGACGGUGCUGAGACCAAGGUUGAAGGAGCUUCCAAAAAGUCCAAGAACGCUGCUUCCGAAGAGGCAUCAUCUUUAUCCCCCCCAUUGCGAAAGUCCCCCCAGCCAGCUGCCGAUGAAGACGCCGAGGAUGCAGGGUCGCCUGGGUCGGACGAUAGCUCUGAUUCACACCAACCUGAGCCCGCGCCGGCCGUGCCACAGGUGCAAGUGUUCGGUCCCAACCCGCUCAAAUUUGACGACCCAACCAUAUAUCACAUCCGGGAAGUUACUCCAGACAUGACCGAUGAGGAGAAAAAGGCCAUCUACAGCGUCGCCCGCUUCCCCUGGAGUGAUUUGAGCCAUCUGAUGGCGGGCUCCCCUCCGGAUCGAGACUUCAGCAGCUCCAAGCCCGCGAGUCAAGUCAACGCCAAUACGUUCCUAGCCUAUAUCGAUCCAUACGUCCGCCCGUUGACGGAAGAAGACAUAGCGUUUCUCAAAGAGAAGACCCAGGGCGAUCGCACGACCCCGUUCAUCAUGCCUCGACGCGGAAAGAAACACUACACCGACGUAUGGGCUGAGGACGACGGACUCAUGAAUGUUGACCAGCCCAACGGCGAUAAAGAGCGGCUACCGCUCAACCAAGGCAGAGGAAACAUCGACCAAGUGACCGACGAGACGGUCGAAACCGACAAAGUCUCCGUCGGCCCUCUAGUCAGCCGACUCUACUCACUACUCCGCUACGAGCAUCGAGCUCUCCCCGAUGAAACCGCCCCCAACGCCAACGGCUCCGUCAACGGCGACAUGGCGAACGGGCCCAUGAACCCCGACUCCAUGGACAUCGACCACCCAACCGGCGAAGCCUCCAACGAAACCAAACCCCUCCCCUCCGCAACCGCCUUCCCCGACUCCUCCCCGAACAACUUCAAAGUCCCCGCCGCAAAGCUCGACCACGCCCAGCUAGACGAGCGUCUGAAAGCCGAACUCCGCCACGUCGGCUUCCUCGGCCCAGACGACAACCCAGACUACGACGCCCACUACGACGAUGACAUCGCCCAACGCCUGCGUCUCCUCCAAAGCGAACUCAAAAAGCAAAUGAUCAUCAACAGCGCCCGCAAAACCCGUCUCCUCGACAUCGCCCGCGAACGCAUGGCCUACCAGGAGUACAUGACCAUCCACGACGACUUGGACUCCCAGGUCCAGCAGGCCUACCUAAAACGCACCCGCACCCUUGGAAAAAGCAAAAAGGGCUCCCAGGCCAAACACCGUCCCGGUGGCGCCGGCGGCGGCAGCCAUGUCGUCAGUGCUGCAGGUGUUGGCCGCCCCGCGAUUGGUGAUGUUGCCCGGACGCUUAUGGAUCGACGUAAGCGGUGGCGCGAUUGUAUCGGACUUGUCUUCAAGGAUAGCAAGACUAGUGUGCCUGGGAAAAAUGAGUCGGUCUUCGAGCCGUCUUUGAUGGCUGAGAUUGAGAAGGCCGAGGUGGAAGGGUGGGAUGAGGAACAGGAUUGA